AAAAGUCUACUUGUUUGUUUCUUACCAAACACCCCUUUAGUCCAAAAAGGGACCGCUUAGAUUGAAAGGAAGUUGGUGAAAUCCGGUUUUGAACAUUGUAGAGAUGACUGAGAGGGAGGGAGCGGGUGUAAGUGAAGAAUUGGUCUACCGCAUUAGUACGAUGGAAGAGUGGGAAUUGAUGCAGAAAACAGGCAGCACUUUUGGCGGGGACCUUGACCGAACCACUGGCUUUAUACAUCUCAGUAAGCUCGACCAGGUUCAAUCAACUUUGCUGAACUUCUUCUUGAAUGUUAAGGAUGAUUUGUACUUGCUGCAAAUCGAUGCUAAAAAGCUUGGGAAUGGGUUGGUUUAUGAAGCUGUCGGUGACUCAAAUGUCUUCCCUCAUUUUUAUGGCCCAUCUCGGAGUUUCAGCCCACUACCACUAGAUACGGUCAUUAAAGGGGAGAAGCUAGUGGUGUCCAAUGGCAAAUUUGUAUGCAGCAUGCUCAGUUGAGUGAUGGAUUCAUUUGUCAUUGAUCACAGAUUUGGUAUGAGGGAUAUAACAGAAUGAUAGAUGCAUGCCCGAUGGAAAUAGUUCCAGGCGUCCUUGCACUUGAGGGAUUGUGUUUGUGUGCUAUAAUAUUGACAUAUUAUUUGAAUCCAAAACUUUGUGGGACACUGAAUGGGAUAGAUGAUGUCAUAAGUAUUUGCUUUAUUUGUCUCCUU